AUGAAUUUUCUUGAUUUACCGGAAGAAUGCAUCGCCGUUAUGAUAUCAUUCACCAGCCCCUACGACGCCUGUCGUAUCUCAACUGUCUCUAGAUUACUCCGCACCGCCGCGGAUUCUAACACAGCUUGGGAAAGGUUUCUCCCCUCAGAUUCUCGUAUGUAUAUGGAUCAUUCUUUAUCUACGUUUUCAAACAAGCAGCUCUUCUUUCGUCUAUGUGAAUCUCCUCUUCUCAUCGACGAUGGAAGAAAGAGCUUUUGGAUGGAGAAAAGAAGGGGGAAGAAAUGUUGGAUGUUAUCUGCAAGGAAACUAGAAAUUACUUGGGUUGAUAGUCCUGAAUUUUGGAUAUGGAUUUCGACUCCGGACUCGAGGUUCGAGGAAGUGGCAGGACUUCUAGCAGUGUGUUGGUUUGAAAUCCGAGGCAAGAUAAGCACAUCCUUUCUUUCCAAAGACACCGUUUAUGGAGCUUACCUUGUUUUCAAAGAACAAGAAAUGAGAGCCUUUGGAUUUAAGUCUCUGCCUUUGGAGGUAAGCUUUCGAUCCACGAGAACCGAUGUUUAUAGCGAAAGAAGAGUGUUUCUUGAGUCGGGAAUGCAAGAGGCUAGAGAAGAUGGGUGGUUAGAGAUUGAACUCGGUGAAUAUUAUGUUGGUUUUGAUGAGGAGGAGCUCGAAAUGAGCAUCUUGGAGACAAGAGAUGGCGGUUGGAAAGGCGGAAUUAUCGUUCAAGGGAUCGAGAUUAGGCCAAAACAAGUGUUGUGA